AGCAAAGUUGCAGCUUCACUAUCUUACUGCUUGCGUUCCUAGGCGAAGAUCCGCCAAACACUAAAUCUCCCCGCUCACUAAGUCAGAGGCCAAUCCAGCAAUAAUGUCUGCCGUUUCCCUGGCCAACCCUUCAAUUUCGCGUUCCUGCCGGGCAAAUGCUUUUGGUAGCCGUCGCAUGGCACGGACAACUGGAGUGCGCGUCAUGGCUGCCCGCACCACAUACAAGGUCGAGGUAGAGCAUGCUGGCAAAACGAUUGAGCUGAUGGUUCCCGAGGGCCAGACCAUCCUGAACGCGGCCCUGGAUAAGAAGAUUCAACUGCCGCACGACUGCAAUCUGGGCGUGUGCUGCAAGUGCCCAGCCAAGCUGAUCAGCGGCACUGUGGACGCGAGUGCCGGCAUGGCGUCUGAUGACGUGGCUGAAAAGGGUUACACGUUGCUGUGUGUGGCAACCCCCACGAGCGAUUGCAAGGUCGUGACCUGCUCCGAGGACGAGAUUCUGGAUCUGCAGCUCAACGCCUAAUCACCUACCUAACCUGGCUAUUUGGAUAAAAGGCAAGAAGUGUGUACAACAUUUAUUUGCGCUUGUACGACGGAACCACAGCGAUCAUACGUCGGCUACUGCUACGUGGCAUUGGGCAUUGCUGACAGGGGGACUCCCUGACGAAAAGGAGAAGCAGCUUUUCAUGGUGAAAAGGGGAUGGGCAGCCUGGUUGAGCCUGCUGGUGAAGUGGUUAUUUGUCGCAUUGUCGCUGCACGUUUGUUUGUACAAUUGGCUUGUAAAGCAAGUCGAUAGGGUUUCGAUGUGCGGUGUGCCCCGUCCAAUGAAUUUUGUAACUUAUGUUGGAAUGUACUAUGGACUGAGGUUGGGUGAGGGGAGGGGUGCUAGGAAUGUGGAACAGGCAAACGUGCAUGUUUGGCUGUGCGGCUUGACUUGUGUGCGGCGUUCUGCCGAAAAGGGUGUGCAAUUGCCAACGUAGCGCAGCUUUUUAGGCGAUCAGGACUUGCCUUUGAACACGCUAUUCGUGGGAAGGACGGAAGAGCUUGUGCUGACAUGUUUGACAGCUUCGUGCUUCUAGGGUGCGG